CGUGCGGGGCCGUUGGAGCUCUGGGCAUGCGCAGAUCGCGGCGGGAGAGACCUUCAUUAACCCUCCUGUGCCCGGCCCCAGCUUCCGCCUGCGCUGCGGAGCUGCAGCCUCUAGGCUGCAGAAUGAUGUCCAUGUUUCGCUCCAGCUCAUCCCGUCCUCCCAUGACACAGGGAAGAGAAAUGGCUCCAGAGGAGCCUGUUCAGAGGCCAGUGACCUUUGAGGAGGUGGCUUUGUAUUUCACCAGGGAAGAGUGGGCUCUGCCAGACCCUGUCCAGAGAGCUCUCUGCAGAGACGUCAUGCAGCAGAACUAUGAGAAUAUGACCUCACUGGAGACUUACAGGUUUGUCAGUUUACAGCCUAGGGAGGAGAUGAUGCUGAGUGGCCUGAAGGUGUCUACUACGAAGGAAAAAGUGACGGUGGCGUGGAAGAGGUGACCCUCUCCACCACCUUGGAACGUCUGCAGCGGCAACAGAUCAAGGAACUGUGCACUAGCUUUGCCCCAUUGUUCUCAGCCACCCCAAGAUGGACUGAACGGGCAUACCACUCCAUUGACACAGGUAAUGCUCACCCAAUUAGAACCCUACCCUACCGGGUGUCUCCUUAUGCCCAAGCUGCUAUAGAACGGGAGAUCCAAAACAUGCUACAGAUGGGUAUAAUCCGCUCAUCUACCAGUGCAUGUGCAUCUCCAGUGGUUCUGGUACCCAAACCAGAUGGGGAAAUACACUUUUGCAUGGACUACUGUAAGCUAAAUGCAGUAACUCGUCCAGACAACUAUCUAAUGCCACACACCGAUGAGCUACUGGAGAAGUUGGGAUGUACCCAGUUCAUCUCUACAAUAGACUUAACCAAGGGGUACUGGCAAGUGCCGCUAGAUGAACCUGCCAAGGAAAGGUCAGCCUUCAUCACCCAUGCAGGGGUGUAUGAAUUUAAUGUGCUUCCUUUUGGGCUGCAAAAUGCACCCGCCACCUUCCAAGGACUUGUAGGUGGGCUCCUAGCAGGAUUGGGAGAAUAUGCAGUUGCCUACCUCGAUGAUGUGGCCAUUUUUUCUGAUUCAUGGGCCGAACACCUGGAAAAAGUCUUCGAGCGCAUCAGGCAGGCAGGACUACCUGUUAAGGCCAAAAAGAGUCAAACAGGCCAAAACAGAGUGACUUACCUGGGACACCAGGUGGGUCGAGGAACCAUAAACCCCCUACAGGCCAUGGUGGAUGCUAUCCAAAAGUGGCCUGUCCCAAAGUCAAAGAAACAGGUCCAAUCCUUCUUAGGCUUGGCCGAGUAUAACAGGCGAUUUGUACCACACUACAGCCAAAUCACUGCCCCACUAACGGAUCUGACCAAAAAGAUCCAGCCGAAUGCAGUUAAGUGGACUGAUGAGUGUCAGAAGGUCUUUACCCAGCUUAAGGCGACCCUCAUGUCUGACCCUGUGCUAAGGGCCCCGGACUUUGACAAACCAUUCCUAGUAACCACAGAUGCAUCUGAGUUUGGUGUAGGAGCAGUUCUGAUGCAGAAAGGACAGGAUCACAACUUCCACCCCGCUGUGUUUCUCAGCAAGGAACUGUCUGAGAGGAAAAGCCACUGGUCAGUCAGUGAAAAGGAAUGCUACGCCAUUGUGUACGCCCUGGAAAAGCUACGCCCAUACGUUUGGGGAUGGCGCUUCCAGCUGCAAACCAACCAUGCUGCACUAAAAUGGCUUCAUACUGCCAAGGGAAACAACAAAAAACUGCUUUGAUGGAGUUUAGCUUUCCAAGAUUUUGAUUUUGAAAUUCAACACAUUUCAGGAGCUUCUAACAAAGUAGCUGAUGCACUCUCCCAUAAAAGUUUCCCAGUAUCAACUGGUUAAAAAUUGUUCUUAAGAUGUGAAAAAUCUUGUAAU